AUGGUGCAACUGAAACUUCCAUUCGCAACGCUUGCAUCACUGCUUUUGAUACUACCCGAAUCAUGCAGCAUUUUUGAUCCAGCUUUACGAAGGGAUGUUUCCGAUAUCCCAUCCGUCAUGGAUCAGCGGACGUUCCUGAAAACGCGGCGAUUGAAACGAGCAUGUUUGGGCGGUAUGUGUGGUGGGGCCAGUCUGCUGCACGGGAUUGCAUCUCAUGCAGCGAAUCUUAUAUCGAUGGCGCUACCUCCUCCUCCAUUUCCUGAACCAAUGUUUCGCCGACGAAGAAAGCGACAGUUUGGAUGCUGCAUGUAUGCUCCGAGCUUUACAUAUAUUAAAUAA